AUGACUGCCCCCACCACCAUUCCCGCCCCCACCGUACCCCCGGCGCAAGCGCCCCCCGGGUUCAGCGACCACGUCUACGCGACCAAGCACGGCGUGGAGCUAGGUAUCCGCGUCUGGCUCUCCCCCGUCGCCACCUCCACCUCGCCGUGGGUGCUGUGGUCGCACGGCGGGGCAUUCAUGGCCGCCACACACCACACGCCGAUGCCGUGGCUGUUUGCGCUGCUCCAGCACGGCGUGCACAUCGCGUCGUACGGGUACCGCCUCGCGCCGCACGCCAAGCUGCGCGACAUGCUCGAGGACUCGCAGAGCGCGCUUGACUGGGCACGAGCGAGCCUACCCCGCUUGGCCGGCGGGCUGGUCAAUGUCGACGCGUAUGCUGUUGCGGGCGAAUCCGCAGGCGGAUGCCUGGCUACCCUCAAUGCCCAGGUACUCGUCCCACCGCCGCGCGCCUUGCUCGACCUGUACGGCCCGAGCGACUUCACCGACCCGCUUGUGACCCGCCCGAUCCCGAUUGAAAUCAUGCCCGACGCCUACAGCGGGGAGUUUACCCCCGAGCAGCUUGAAGCCGAGUUGGCGAGCACCGAUCUCUCGCGCGCCGUUGACGGGGUGCCGCAUGUGCACCUUGGUGUUGAGAGCGCCGCCGAGGCCAUUGACAACUUCCGGCUGAGGGCAAGACUCGACAACUACGAGUACACCUCGCGCGGGGUGCUCCAGAACGACCUGAUCAUCCUCGCUGUCACCACUGCGCGGUUGAUGCACUUGCUCGUGACUCCCGGCGCCGACUCCAAGACGGCUGCAUGGGCCGAGAGCCCGUUGGGCCGGCUGGAAAAGUGGCGAGGCCCACACCCGCCAACGAUCGUCUUCCAUGGCUCAGCCGACCCCGUGGUGCCGCUUACUCAUAGUAUGCGCUAUGCGAGGCGCCUGAGAGAACUCGGAACCGAGGUCGAGGAGGUAUAUGUCCCCAACGAGGGGCACACCUUUGAUCUCAAGUACACUGGCCCCGACGUCCCCGGGUGGGAUGAGCACAUUGCGCCGCUGAUCAACUUUGCGCUUCGCCACCUCGGUGUUGACGAGGAGGACGCGGGGUCGGAGGGGACGCUCGCGAGCGAGGUCGUAGUAGACAAACAUGUCGCCACUGUUGUAGACAAGGUCGUGGCGGAUGCCCUAGACCAGUGA